GAGCCCCACAAUUGCAUCUACCAGCAAGGGUAUUAGCAACCAACUGAAUGCGCGACCCGAUUUCCUCGGAAUUAACGGCCUUGAAGAGAGGUCCUCUCGCGUAUACCAUACAUAUGCCGCAAUUCUUCCGCAUGAAUUCACUUUCAAUGCAUACGAUUGAAAUCGAUUUUCCCGAUACUCGCGAUGCCUUAUGGCAACCAUUCCAAUUCGGCACAUCCACGGCCCGUGAUGAAUGUUCCUCGAAUCUGCCAGUGACGCGACCUAUACUUAGCUCGACGAGCUCUGGAACAGGAUCUAUAGUGCCCUCGCGGAACAGAAAGAUUCUCAAUAUGAAGGGCACCUUGUAUCGGAAAUCGCGACUCCACUUCGUCUCCGUCGCGAGAUGUUGAUCUUGGCACUCCUCCCCAUACAGUCAGCGGCGAUUGGCACGUGUGUCGGCACCGAGAAACCAGCCCUCGCAAAUCAUCGUAUGGGACGAAUAUUCGAGCAGACAUACGA